AUGGACAUCGCGGCAAGCCUGGCGUACUCGAUUGUCGUUAUUCUCGUUCUGCAUCUGAAUUUCUUGCGACGUCGUCUCCUCGAAUUACCCGUGGUUGAUGCCCAGCGCCUCGUGGCAAAGUCUCCGGCGUGGGCAGUAUGGGCGGCGAUUAUUGCGACCGGAAUGGUGAAUUUUGCAAGCCUCUCACUCUUUCACGCGCGACGCAUAACAGACGACGCUGGACGGUUCGUGAUUCACGGCUUUAUCACAAGUCUCGUAUAUCAUUGUACCAAACGAUGGAUACCGGCUGUCUGGCAUGUCCUGAGCAGCCAAGUCACCGGCAUCAGAUUUCCCCGGCUCAAAUCGUUGACUCGGUACGAGUAUUCCGCGUUGCCGCAACACCAUGUCCGACUUGUGAGAAUCAAUGGCCGAUUUUGCCGUCACAAGUUCCAGUUGUUGCAAUUUCCCCUACAAGACUGCCCAGCGUACGAUGCCGUAUCAUACACAUGGGACGGUCAGAACAACGACAGGCUUCUCCGUCUGGGUGACGCGCAUCUCGGCGUCACAGAAAAUGCAUCCAUCAUUUUGCAUGGCUCCGUCCCGUGGGUUGGGUCUCGAUACAUGUGGAUAGAUUCCGUAUGCAUCAACCAAAAUGACUUGCACGAGAAAAAGACGCAAAUACGGGUCAUGCAAAAGAUAUAUCAGCGCGCUGCCUGUGUCAGAGUGUGGCUUCUACCGCCGAAAACCAUGCAAAGCAUUGUACGACCACCUGAAUGGGAGCACGACGCAAAAAUGCAAGUCGUGUGCGAAAACAUCUUUACGUCAAGCAAUGCAGUCUUGGGAAAUCAUCUCGAAAACCUCCUGAGUCACCCAUACUGGAAUAGAGUCUGGAUUGUUCAAGAACUUGCCGCCUCACAAAAGGCAAUAAUCCAUUUCCGUCAUUAUGUUAUUGACUGGAAUGUAUUGCUCGCAUUCGCCGACAAGCACUGGCCGCAAUCGCUCCAUGAACGAUUCCAGGUUCAGCUCUCCAGUUUUGCUUUGCAAUUCGAAAAGGGGGCGUCUGCUAAUACUCUCCGUGGAAUAAGACAGAUAUCCACCAUAGGCCAUCAUCAAAGAAAGCUUGCUGGUGGCGACAAGUCAAGCGUGUCCAGCCUUCUGACAGAUUUCGCGGGCUGUCGGGCGACAAAUCCCCUCGACAACGUCUAUGGACUCGUCGGCAUGGCAUCGCCUGAACUCUCGACAUCUGUCACAACAAAUGCCAUGAAAUUUUACGAGAUAGACUAUGGCCAUUCGCCUCUGAAAGUUUAUACCGACAUAAUCAAGGGCGCUAUGCGACUCGGCAAAGCCUACACGGCCGGCCAUGACGAUUUCGCGAGUGAGAUUUUGAUGUUUUCUGGAGUCGGCUGGCCAAGAUCUGUUACAAGUCUACCAUCGUGGGUAACGGACUGGAGCUCUCUCCCGGACUGUCUCAUCGAUUCUUUUACUAGAUUCAGGCGGGAACUCAGCGCGGGCGGCGGGCGUUACUCUCGUGCGUCUCCAAACUACAUGGUCCGGGGAAACUAUCUCUUGGUAUCUGGUGGCUGCCGGGUGGAUAGCAUUUCGGCUAUUACGCAAAUGAUAGACCACGACAAGCUCGAUAGACCUUGGUUCAGCGAGAUAUGUCGUAUUGUUGCAAGUCAGCUAUCGCUUCUAAGCGUAAAUGAUGUGAAGAGGGCAAGAUACAGUAGAGACUAUCGGCAAUGCCCCCCUCGCUGGCAGGGUGCAAUAUUUAGGACCUUGGUAGGAGAGCCUGCCUCGUACUGGGAAAUGAAGGUGGGCAACGGAUUCGGGUACGACCGGCCAGACGCCUACAGAGAUUGGGACGUUCGACAAGGCCGUCUAAAGGCAGCUGGCUUACGCGAGUAUCACCAUAGAAACACUCUACCCAACCUCGCGGAGUUGAGAGAUUCAUUUGACUUGUGGUCCAACCUCCCCCUUCUUACGCAACGUCUUGAUGACAUUAUCCGCACGAGCAUCUUGCGGGACCAACCAGAACUACAAGGACGACAGCUCACGAAAGAGAUAGCAGAGCUUACUAAGAGCUUGAGAUCCGAGAUCCGAGAGCAUUGUGCGCAGUUCGUCUUUAGUCGUCAAGUCUUCCCUAUCUUAUUCGGCUUCAAGAUUCAUUACAAGGAUUCAGAAUACAACCGCAAAGUCUCAAGGGGCACUUAG